AGCGAAGCUUUGCAGAAGGGAUUUAUGUCUGCGCAGACACUACACCAGCUCCAGGAGCCCCCAAGCACGAACCUUGCACACAAGGCGGCCGUCGAAGUUCUCAACGCGAAUUUCGCCGACGCAACCCACCUUGGAGACCUCGAACACGUGUUGCGGGACACGAGUGCAGGACAAGCUAUAACGAAACAACAGCUUUUGGAAUCCGAGAAAGCUCUAGGGUCAUUUAUCACCAAGACUAGGGUUGAGGCCAUAACCCAGCUCGAGAAUGCCCGAGACCUCGCCUCUCAACGAGAUGGAAUAGAAGAUGAACUUUGCUUACCUUUCCCAUUUCCUACAACUGAGGACAAUGUCGCUACACUGCUAGAGGACAUAGAAGUUAUGCAUCGUGCCUUGAAGGAACUCGAGAAUGUCCGUGCCUAUGUUGCAGUCGUCCAACGUGGUCUUGCACUGAGCGAAGCAGCGGUGUCGCAGUUGCAUACUCGAUCCUCUCCUCUCUCUGCUACCUCAGUCUCUGAAUAUGUCGCCUUGCAAAGUUUCACUGCCGACGUUACUCGGACAUGUAGAGCCGUGGAAGACCUAGGCAACUCCCAUGGUUCCCUUCACCUCCUAUCAUUCCUAGAAAAGCUCAGCGAGAAGACUUGGACCGACAUGAAGGCGAUUCUAUCUGCGACGCUCGUGUCUGCGGCAGAAAACGUGAAUUGGCCGAUGGCAAUUGACUUCUCCGCCGCAAGCGAAGAAGUGCGUUCCAAGUUCGACUCGGCUUUCUUAGACCUAUUGCAGCUUCAAGAGAUUGGACAGUCAUUGCAGUCUUCCCAAGAAGACGAGAGUCUGUAUCCUCUUCAGGCAUUGGUACACCCAGUAACGUUGCGCUUCAAGUACCACUUUGAUGGGGAACGGGAGACAAACCGGCCAGACAAGCCUGAGUGGUACUUCACUCAUAUUGCUAAUGUCGCUCACGACCAUAGACCAUUCAUGGAAGGUGUAGUGCAAAGAUUAUUGAUCGGAACCAAAUUCCAGAAUGUCAAUGCAUGGCACCAAUAUGUCAAGCUCCUUUUAGGCAUUCUCGAACGCAAAAUCAAGCGUUCCGUGCCGCAACUCCUUGGUAGUCCUGCUUUAUUGGCACACACAAUCUAUCAGUCAUUGCUGUUCGACUCCAGUUUGCGCGAACUGGGUUAUGAAUUCGUUCAAGUAGAGGGCAAGAGAGACGAGGAGGCUGAGAAGGGGGGUAUCAGCAGACUAAUUCUCGACGAAAAGGAGUGGUUUGAUGCAUGGAUCGAAGGAGAAAAGAAAUUUGCGGAUGACCAGUAUCACGAAAUAAUCAGCGCCACCGACGCAUGGGUUAUUGUUAAUGAUCACUCAGCCGACUCUGGAGAGCUCACCCGUUCAAAUGAGAGUGAUAUUAAAGCGACGAAUUCUGCUCGGAGGGUAAAGGCUCUGGUAGAGCAGAUUACAGAUCGCUACAUGCCUCUACCUUCUUUCCGUCAACGUUCUCAGUUUCUCAUCUAUGUUCAAGUUCCUGUACUCGAAAAUUAUCAUUCACGAAUAUCUUCGUCUCUUGAUGCGUUCGAGACCCUUUCAUCCGCUUUCGUCCGGGCAGUGCCAGGUGCUCUCGGAGUCGAUACCACAAAGACCGAUUCCAAAAGACUUACUGGAGGUGUGGAAGGAAGUCAGCGUCUAUGCAAGGCACUCCUGAGCGCCCGCUAUGUCGACAGCGCAAUGAGGACAUGGGGAGAAGAAACUUUCUUUUUGGAACUUUGGGCCGAAAUUAACCGGCGUGCAUACCUCCGUACUAGAGUUGGUGCACAUCCCUCCUUGCCGCAUCCAAACACGUGGAACGUGCAGGGAACACCUGAGGGUACGAUCUUCGAGGAGUUGGUAAUGCAGUACGCAAAACUCGUCUCGCGAGCUGAGGACAUGCUCAUUCAGCAAAUUUAUGGAGAAUGCGAGGCUACCUUGAAAGCUCAUUUCAAUGCCUUAGCUAGCCUUCCGAAUAGCACAGAGGGAACUGCAGACAGCAUAAUGAUUCCCCCAACGCUCUUUCCCUCGGUUGCCCUCCUCUCGUCCCACCUGACCUAUCUUCGCUCUACGUUGCCAUCUUCCGCCGUCACUCACCUAUAUCGGCGCAUUGCCUCCCGCAUCUCCGAGCACGUCCUACAACGUGAAGCCUAUACCAUCCAGGCAGAAUGCGAACUCUGGGUGGAGACCUGCCAGGGGGCGCUGAAUACGUCACAUGCGCGGGCGGAGAAGCCUUGGGGUAGGCUACUCGCAGCGGGAAGGUUGUUGGCUGCAGAGGUGCAGGGUCACGAACGAACGUUUCAGACGUUUUCGAGCGAACGUUGGUGGGAGGCAGAUGAGGAUGAAGAUGUUUGGGAAGAUAUAUUGGAUGACUUGACCGGACUGGGAACGGGAGGCCUACGGAAGGAUGAGGUGAAGGCAAUUUUGAGACUAAGGGAUAUCGAUACCCCACUUCUUUUCACUACAUUGUACCCCUUCUACCCACUCUCCCGCUCUCACUCUCGUGAAGAACGGGAUGUCACUGUCACUGUUAUCAUGCAUGCAAUCGAAAUAUUUUCUGGCUUCCAGCUGUAG